AUGGAUUCGACCCUACGAACAGUUUACAAUCCCCAAGCACCACUUAUUCAGUCCUCCUCUUCGACACUCAACCCUGCGGCCAGCCAAUCUACCAUGGCCACACAGACUCAAAGCACUCUAGAGGCUACCUCGAGUGCGACCAGGCAGGUGUUCACUUCACCCACGCUCCAACCCGCCUCAUUUUCCCCGCAAACGUCGGCCCCCACGCAACCCCAGUCACAAGCGAUCAGUAAUUCCUCCAACCCGAGUGCCUUUUCCACAGGCCCCGCAUCCAACACACAUGGAGGCUUUCCCAUGAAUGCAGCCCCGGCCCCGGCCCCGGCAGCUGAUCACUAUCCCCAUCAGAUGAAUAGUCUGGGGGGUCCCACUGCUACAGCACCCUUCCUGCAGGAUUUCAGUCUCGUCGCUGAGGCAGCCAAGCGCGCCCAGAUGGGGAUUGUCAUGCGUGACCUCGAGAGCGUGACUCUUUGA